AUGAGAAAUGAUCAUGUAAUUUCUACAAAAACAGAACCAAUUUUUAAUAACUAUGAUCUAUUUUAAGGCCCCUUUUAGUAUUCACCUUUCACAAUAGGUCAUCCAGACUAGCCAGAGGAUGAUCAUUCAGUUAGAGAUCCAACUGUAAAAACUAUUGAAAAAUCGAAAUUCUCUCUAUCCCCUAUGCAUACUAAUCAAGAGGUGUUAUUUUUCAAGGUAUUUAAGAUUUCUAAUGAUAAAUUGUCUUGUAACUUUGAAGAAAGUAGCUUCUAAUUAUUUUCAAGUGCGAGGCAUAAUACAUUAACAAAGGUGUUGUCUUAAACCAAGCCAAUAAAAUUGAAACAAAAAUUCAUAGAUGUAUUAAGUAAAACAAUCAAAACGAAUUACAGAAUUAUGAAGUUCAAACACUUAUUCGAUUUGGAUUAAUUGGGUUUCUAAAGAUAAUGUAUAAUUUUAUAUGAAAAUUCAAGAUGUUCUACUUCCAAACUCUGUAAUUUUAAAAAUUUGGAACAUAUUUUAUUAUCUCUUGCUAUAUGUAUAUUUGCUUGUAAUUCCUAUCAGCGAGAAAUCUCAUCAAGUGGCAUUUCUAAUAUUGAAAAUAGUAGACUGCUGCUUAAAAGCGUGUAGCGCCGUGGCUAUUAAGGGAGAAAUUGA